UACAACAACUACAAAUAGUCCCUCUCCACCAAUUCCCUUCUCAUUCUUCCCAGUUCAGAAGCUACGUUACUUUCCAUGGCUGAAGCUUCCUCUUCUUUUUCUCUUUCUUCUUGGCUUGUCCCUCUUCUCUUUCUAUGCUCUGUUUUCCCUUUCACAUCACCUUCCACUAUCACCAUCCCUCUCUCUCUGUCCACCCAACAAUACCCUUCUUCAGAUCCAUUGAAAAUCCUCAAUCAUCUAUCUUCUCUAUCCCUCUCCAGAGCUCACCAUAUCAAGUUUCCCUAUACCAACUUCUCCGUCAUCGAAAUUCCUCUCUUCUCUCGCAGCUAUGGUGGGUAUUCCAUGUCCCUGAGCUUCGGUACUCCGCCGCAGACUGUCAAGUUUGUCAUGGACACUGGGAGUAGCCUUGUCUGGUUUCCCUGUACCUCUCGCUAUCUUUGCAACGGAUGUAACUUCCCAAACACCAAUUUAACUAAAAUCCCCAAGUUUAUUCCAAAGCUAUCGUCUUCUUCCAAGCUUGUUGGCUGCCAAAAUCCCAAAUGUGCUUGGAUUUUUGGAUCCAAUGUGCAGUCUAAUUGCCAAGGUUGUGACCCCAGCAACCAAAAUUGUACCGAGGGUUGUCCUCCUUAUAUAAUUCAGUACGGGUUAGGCUCCACAGCAGGGCUUUUACUAUUAGAAUCUCUUGAUUUCCCGAAUAAAACCGUAGCGGAUUUUCUGGUUGGGUGCUCUAUCAUCUCCACCCGCCAACCUGAAGGAAUUGCCGGCUUUGGUCGCAGCCCGGAGUCUCUCCCUCUACAAUUGAAACUCAAGAAAUUCUCUUACUGUUUGGUAUCUCGCCGCUUCGAUGACACUCAGGUGAGCGGCGACCUUAUUCUGGAUAUGGGUUCGGAUUCAGGCGAUGCCAAGACCCCAGGCCUUCGUUACACACCAUUUGCAAAGAACCCGACGGGGUCAAACCGAGCAUUUAAAGAAUAUUACUAUGUAAUGCUACGAAAAAUCUUAGUCGGCGACCACCAUGUUAAAGUCCCGUACAAUAUCUCUGUGCCGCAAUCCGACGGCAAUGGAGGGACUAUAGUGGACUCAGGCUCAACUUUCACGUUCAUGGAGGGUCCAGUUUUUGAGUUAGUAGCCAAAGCAUUCGAAAAGAAAAUGGCUAACUCUACAAUAGCCACUGAAGUGCAGAAUCAGACAGGUUUAAGGCCGUGUUUCAAUAUUUCGGGCGAGAAAUCGGUUGCUGUCCCGGAAUUGAUUUUUCAGUUCAAAGGUGGUGCUAAGAUGCAAUUACCUCUGGCAAAUUAUUUUGCAUUUGUUGAUUUUGGUGUCAUCUGUUUAACACUUAUCAGUGACAAUGCGGCUGCUCCGGGAGGUGGUGGCGGCCGCAGCGGACCGGCGAUUAUCUUGGGGAGUUUUCAGCAGCAGAAUUUUCACAUAGAGUACGAUUUGGAGAAUGAAAGAUUCGGAUUUAAACAACACAGUUGUUCAUGAGCUGGUUUUUGUCCCUACUAGUUUGAAUAAAACAAGCCCCGUUAAUUGGCUUUGGACAUUAUGGUUAGAGGGUUAAUUCUCAUUAAUUGCACGCACAUGGCAAUAAAAGUGGUGGUGGACAGAUACCCGACGCGGCCGUGGCGACAGCGAUAGCGUUGAUAACGGUGACAAACGAAGGUGGAUGAUAGGCUGCGGCAAAUGGUAAGGAAAUUAAACAACUUUUGUUGGGAAUAAUAAUUUUUACAAAAUAAUUCAAUUGGGUAUCUGAAUUUUAAUUUAAAUAAUUUGUUGUCAAUUGUAUUUUAAUUUAAUUUGUUGUGAAUUGCAACUUGCAUAAAUGAAUUUACUUGAUCUUAAUUAUCUUGAA